GGUUCGGCAGUGCGGUCGCGGCUUUCUGCGCUCCCGGCGGCGGAAUGGCCCGUGCGCUGCUUGUCGCGUCUCCGGCCUGCGACCCUUAGACGCCCAAGCCCGCUCUCCGCGCCAAUCCUCCCGCGCGGACGCUACCAGCGAGCCGGCGGUGCGGCGGCGACUCGGCUCCUGCGGACGCUUCUCUCAGGCUGCUCGAUCAGAUAAAAUCAUAUAUGUAACUUUUAUGAAGACAAGGAUAAGGAGGCCCUUUCUAAAUUAUGAAGGAUUUUUAGACUCUGAGGAACAAUUGGAGCUAAUCCACACCAUGGAAAUGGAAACCACCGAACCUGAGCCAGACUGUGUAGUGCAGCCUCCCUCUCCUCCUGAUGAUUUUUCAUGCCAAAUGAGACUGUCUGAGAAGAUCACUCCAUUGAAGACUUGUUUUAAGAAAAAGGAGCAAAAGAGAUUGGGAACUGGAACCCUGAGGUCUUUGAGACCCAUCUUAAAUACUUUGCUAGAAUCUGGCUCACUUGAUGGUGUUUUCAGAUCUAGAAACCAGAGUGCAGAUGAGAGCAGCUUACAUGAACCUAUUGUGAAAAAACCCCUGAAAAUCAGUCCAUCAUGUCCACCAGCAGAAAAUAGUAUGUCUGUUCUGAUUCCUGAUGGGACAAGUGUUGGGGGCCAAAUACCAGAAGCCCAUCCUUCCACUGAUGCUCCAGAACAAGUGGUUCCAAUCCAGGAUCACAGCUUUCCACCUGAAACUCUUAGUGGGACGGUGGCAGAUUCUACAGCAGGGCACUUCCAGACUGACCUUUUGCAUUCAGUUUCAAGUGAUGUUCCUGCUAGUCCUGACUGCAUAGACAAAGUUAUGGAUUACAUUCCAGGGGUUUUCCAAGACAAUAGUUUUACAAUCCAAUACAUUUUGGACACCAGUGAUAAGUUGAGUACUGAGCUCUUUCAGGACAAAAGUGAAGAGGCUUCCCUUGACCUUGUGUUUGAGCUGGUAAACCAGCUACAGUACCAUACUCACCAGGAGAACGGAAUUGAAAUUUGCAUGGACUUUUUGCAAGGCACUUGUGUUUAUGGCAGGGAUUGUUUGAAGCACCACACGGUCUUGCCAUAUCAUUGGCAGAUCAAGAGGACAACUACUCAAAAGUGGCAGAGUGUAUCCACUGAUUCCCAGGAGCACUUGGAAAGAUUUUACUGUAAUCCAGAGAAUGAUAGAAUGAGAAUGAAGUAUGGAGGACAAGAAUUUUGGGCAGAUUUGAAUGCCAUGAAUGUGUAUGAAACAACUGAAUUUGACCAACUACGAAGGCUGUCCACACCACCCUCUAGCAAUGUAAACUCUAUUUACCACACAGUCUGGAAGUUCUUCUGUAGGGACCACUUUGGAUGGAGAGAGUAUCCUGAGUCUGUUAUUCGACUGAUUGAAGAAGCCAACUCUCGAGGUCUGAAAGAGGUCCGAUUUAUGAUGUGGAACAACCACUACAUUCUUCACAACUCAUUCUUCAGGAGAGAAAUAAAAAGGAGACCCCUCUUCCGCUCCUGUUUUACACUGCUUCCGUAUUUACAGACACUUGGUGGUGUUCCCACACAGGCUCCUCCGCCUCUUGAAGCAACUUCAUCAUCACAGAUCAUCUGCCCUGAUGGGGUCACCUCAGCAAACUUUUACCCUGAAACUUGGAUUUAUAUGCAUCCAUCUCAGGACUUCAUCCAAGUGCCUGUUUCUGUAGAGGACAAAAGUUAUCGAAUCAUCUAUAAUCUUUUUCAUAAGACUGUGCCUGAGUUUAAAUAUAGAAUUUUGCAAAUACUGAGAGUCCAAAACCAGUUUCUUUGGGAGAAAUAUAAAAGGAAAAAGGAAUAUAUGAACAGGAAAAUGUUUGGCCGUGACAGGAUAAUCAAUGAGAGACAUUUAUUUCAUGGAACAUCCCAGGAUGUGGUAGAUGGAAUCUGCAAGCACAACUUUGACCCUCGAGUCUGUGGAAAGCAUGCUACAAUGUUUGGACAAGGCAGUUAUUUUGCAAAGAAGGCAAGCUAUUCUCAUAACUUUUCUAAGAAGUCCUCCAAAGGAGUCCAUUUCAUGUUUCUGGCCAAAGUGCUAACUGGCAGAUACACGAUGGGCAGUCAUGGCAUGAGAAGACCCCCUCCUGUCAAUCCGGGCAGUGUUACCAGUGACCUGUAUGACUCUUGUGUGGAUAAUUUCUUUGAGCCUCAGAUUUUUGUCAUUUUUAAUGAUGAUCAGAGUUACCCUUAUUUUGUUAUCCAAUAUGAAGAAGUCAGUAACACUGUUUCCAUUUGAAAAAUCUUGGUACUGCUAAAUUAUUUGAUACGAACUCAAUCCAGCAUUUGUAGCAGGUUUUGGAUGGGUGGGACAGAGUGGGGAACAGCAUUGGACAUUAAUAGGGCACUUUUAAGACCCAUUUUUUAAGUGCUAGAAAGUGAAAAAUUUUUUAAAGAAAAACACGAGUUUUAAAAUGACCACUUAUUCUUUAAUUAUUUACUAAUUGUUGUUAGUGUACUCAGUGUGGAAAAGACUACAGAUUGCAUACUCUUUUUAUUCACACUUGUACAUAUAGGCAGCAAUGGUAUUAGAAGCAUUUUUAAAAAGAAACUGAACAGCCUAACCAAUUAAAUGUGAUUUAAGCCUGGUAGAAGUUUGGCCAAAUGAAAUGGAGGCUGUGAGCAAAGUGAGGAUUCUGUUAUUUAAAAUGAUAAAACGACUGGAGCUAAUACUACCAUACUUAUUCCCUGUCCAAAGCAUCACUUACGGUGUAGGAUAAGUUCAUGAAAUUCUGGUGGAUGGAAAGAAGUUUUUAUUCCUAGCAGCAGAACUGAAAUAUAUCACCCAAGCAGAGAGCAUUGGUGACUUUAACUGUUCUGCAGAAUUUGUCUGAGGAUUCAGAGGAAGUUAAAAAAAAAAAAAAAAAAAAAGAACCAUUUGAAAAAUUUUUG